AUGACCGACCCUGCGCCAGUCGCCUCGAGUAUGGUGCUGAUUGAGCUGUUGAUCUUCUUCUCGACCACCUGCAUGUGCGCGGGUAGCUUAUUAUUCUCUGGCGUCUUGAAAAUUCUCCCCAAGUACUCAGCGAUGUUCAUCUUCUUGACGCCGUACGUGUCCGCGCAGGUGAUGAUGGACACACCCACGCGCAUGAUCGUGUGUCGGCGAAGCCGUAUGAAGGAGCCGAUAGAGUGGCGACACAAUGACCCCGAACAUCACCACGGCAUAAACGCGUUCAUCGACAUCCACGAGGACGUAGCCAUUCGCAACAACGCCAUCAUGAGUAGCGAGAACAACAGGCACCAAGGGCAAGAGCCCGAGUAG